AUCGAGAAAGACUGUAUGAUCUCAACGAUUUGAAAGAAUUAAUUCAAACAAAUCUUCCACUGUUAAAUGAACAACAGAAGUAUGUAUUUGAAACUCUUAUGAAAGUAACAAAUGAUGAAACUGGAGGGAUUUACUUCUUAGAUGCACCUGGUGGUACAGGAAAAACUUUUUUGAUUUCAUUAAUAUUAGCAACAAUUCGCUCACAAAAUAAAAUUGCACUUGCACUCGCUUCGUCGGGAAUCGCAGCAACUUUGCUUGAAGGUGGUCGAACAGCCCAUUCAGCACUAAAAUUGCCAUUAAAUAUGCAUAGCAAUGAAACUCCAACCUGCAACGUUUCGAAGAACUCUGCAAUGGCAAAGGUUUUGCAGCAAUGUAAAUUGAUUGUUUGGGAUGAAUGCACGAUGGCACAUAAAAAAUCUUUGGAGGCUUUGGACAUAACCUUAAAAGAUCUACGGAGCAAUAAUAACCGAUUUGGUGGUGCAAUGAUUUUAUUAGCAGGAGAUUUUCGUCAAACAUUGCCGGUGAUUCCACGAUCAACGCCAGCUGAUGAACUCAAUGCAUGUCUAAAGUCCUCCAGUUUGUGGAAACAUGUCAAAGUACUUCAUUUAAGCAAGAAUAUGCGUGUCGAGUUGCAAAAUGACCAAUCUGGAAACAUAUUCUCUAAACAACUCAUUGACAUUGGUAAUGGCAAAUUUCCUAUAGACAUGUUGACUGGCUGCAUUAACUUUCCUCUAAGUUUUUGUCAGUUAACUCGAUCAAAAGAUGAACUUAUUCAGAAGGUGUUUCCAGAUGUUUCUCAAAAUUACAGAAACCAUGAUUGGUUGAGCGAACGAGCUAUACUGGCUGCAAAAAACAUAGAUGUAAAUGAAUUAAAUUUCAAAAUUCAAGAACAAAUUACAGGCGAAUUGAUGAUAUAUAAAUCAGUUGAUUCGGCUACUAAUCAAGAUGAUGUAGUCAACUAUCCACCGGAAUUUUUAAACUCGCUGGAUUUGCCAGGAUUGCCACCUCACAAUCUUCAAUUAAAGGUUGGAUCGGUGGUUAUAAUGUUGCGAAAUAUCAACCAACCGCGUCUUUGCAACGGUACACGGUUAGCGAUAAAAAAAUUACUAAACAAUGUGAUAGAAGCAACUAUACUCAAAGGAAAGUAUAAAGGAGAAGAUGUUCUCAUACCGCGCAUCCCAAUGAUUCCGACUGAUGUGCCAUUUGAGUUUAAACGACUACAGUUUCCAGUGCGUCUUGCUUUUGCUAUGACUAUAAACAAGUCACAGGGGCAAUCAUUAAGUGUUUGUGGUAUUAAUCUAGAAAACCCAUGUUUCUCACAUGGUCAAUUGUAUGUUGCCUGUUCCCGUGUUGGAAAACCAUCAGAUUUGUUUAUCUAUGCGCCAGGUAAUCAAACAAGAAACAUCGUAUACCACAAAGUACUACAAUGAUAAUAAUAAUAAUUAUGAUUCACAUGAUUAACAAUAA